AAAAUCCUCUCUCUCCUCUUCGCCCGCUUGUAUUUGCCAAAUGCAGUUACAAUGCGAUACCCUCCGGAUUACAAAAUAUCAGCGCGCGCCGGUCGUGCAAAUUUCCAAUUCCGUUUCUUUUUCUCUCUUCUCUCUCACCAUUAAAUUCCCAUCCUCCUUAAGCUUCUCACGGUUUCCACAAUCUUUUUUUUUUUUUGAUUUUGAAUUUUUGUUUGAAUUUUAAUAUUUUUUUUCCUUGAAAAUCUCAUUACACCCUAAUCCUCAUCGGUUUAAAUACUUAAACAACAUUUUGCUUUCUCUUCUGACUCUAUUUGGGCAUUUUCCUCUCCCUUCCGUGUCUCUGGGUCAGUGAGAAUUGGAAGAAUUGGGAAAACUCUGGGUGAAGAAAAAUGGCUUCCAACAUUGGGAUAAUGGACAGUGCUUACUUUGUUGGGAGGAAUGAGAUUUUGACGUGGAUCAACAAUCGCCUUCAGCUCAAUCUCUCCCGCAUUGAAGAGGCUGCAUCUGGUGCUGUGCAAUGUCAAAUGAUGGAUAUGACCUAUCCUGGUGUUGUUCCAAUGCACAAGGUCAAUUUUGAUGCGAAAACAGAAUAUGAUAUGAUCCAGAAUUAUAAGGUUCUACAGGAAGUAUUCAACAAGCUAAAAAUUGAGAAGCCUCUUGAAGUCAAUAGGCUUGUUAAAGGCAGGCCUUUGGACAACUUGGAAUUCUUGCAAUGGCUGAAACGUUACUGUGAUUCCAUAAAUGGUGGCAUUAUGAAUGAAAACUAUAACCCUGUGGAGCGAAGGUGCAAGGGUGGGAAGGAUCGGCAUCCCAAAGGUGCUCAGAAAAUCUCAAAAUCUCUGCAAGCAAGCAAUUUACAUAACCCUGGCACUGGAGAUACAGUUGGUCUUAAUAAGACCUCAGGACCAAGGCAAGGGAAGCCUUAUGCAGCAGCAGGCGGUGCAAAUUCUUCAGGAGAGAUUCAAGCUUUGUCUAAGGAGAUUACAGAUCUCAAGCUCUCUGUGGACCUUUUGGAAAAAGAAAGGGACUUUUACUUCGCAAAAUUAAGGGAUAUUGAAGUUCUUUGUCAGACAUCAGAGUUGGAGGAGGUCCCGAUAGCGGUGGCAGUAAAGAAGAUAUUGUAUGCCGCGGAUGCAAAAGAAUCACCACUUGCUGAAGCCCAGGAGUACCUCUACCAAUCGCUGAAUGUUGGUGAAGCUGAAGAUGAAGGCGAAGCCAAAGGAGAAGCGGAAGCUGAAGCCGAAACAGAAACUGACCAUUGAGUUUUGAGGCCAACAUUGUAGGACAUUGCCUGUGCAAGACACUAGCGUCGAAACAAGCCGAUGAAUCAGUGGUCUCUCUUUCCAUUAAUUGAAGAACUUAUUCCUCGUAUGUGCUGGACAGAUGGUUGCGAACCGAAACAAAUGAGAUCUUAUUAAUAAUAGACACUCUACUUGAAA